AUGUACUACAGAGCACUCUGCUCUGGUACACCUACAGAGCCUCCAUCUACCACCACUGGCUCCUUUCCCCAUUGGAACAUCACAGAGGAGGAGAACACUCGUUCUCCAUUGGUGUCUGAAGAACUCUCGCACAGAUUCUCAUACACAUCAUACUCACAUUACACAUGUGAAUGCUACCAGCAGUGUGAAACGCCCAGACCCACUGGGUUACACCUCUAUCCCCAUGGUACUCUACUGUGGUACUCUACAGCUCUGACAACAACUCAUCCCACAGCAUCAGAGGACUGCCGAUCAUCACCAGUGCCACAACAGGGCAAUGCUGUGAGUAUUAACUCAUUUUCAAGCUGAGAAGUCUAAUUGAUCUCACUGUAUUUCAUGUACAUGUAAAAGGUUAGUUUUAUUCAACCCUGAUUUAACUUAUUAAAAGCAUAUUUUUUUGCUUUAACAGAAAGAGGACAACAGUCACGUAAAUAUAUAUGACUGAUCUUAUAUGAAGACUUUAUAAAUACAUUUAAACAAAAUUGUCCAGCCAGAUCUAGACCCCUGCUGUGUUUUCUGACUCCUGGUUGGCAGACUGCUGUGGUUGAUAAUGGUCAUCUGUUCCUGUAUAUUAUAAUGUAACAUUAGAUGGUCCCUUGUAGCUCAGUUGGUAGAGCAUGGUGCUUGCAACACAAGGAUAGUAGGUUUGAUUUCUGCGACCACCCAUAAUUAAAAUGUAUGCACUCAAUGAUUGUACUAUGUGAAGUGUUCAACUUGGGCCAUAACACACUGGUACUGAGUACCGGCACCUCAAAUGUUCUAAUGCUUGAGUACUGACGCUUCUUAUAGAAUAUUGACUUCGAAAUAUUGCAGAUUUCCUGCACCUAAAUAUAAAUAGUACCGGCACCCAAAAUGAGUACUCUCACCUAUUUCAGUCCACUUCAAGCACUGGCUAGGUGCCAUAUUACAGAGCACUGGGGGAAACUAUUUACAGUAUCUAGAGAUAUUUAAUGGCAAUAUAUUUCAUAUUACUAUUUCUGAUAUUACCAUCUAUUUUAAAUGUUUUUGAAUUAGUCAAAAUGAGACACAACCACAUCGGGAUAGAAAGGUGUUCACAAAAAGACAGCAUUUAUUUUCUGCUCAAGGAUAACACUCCAGUGUUCAGACAAACCCAACCAGCAGCCCAUGUGUAAAAACAAGAAUUUGGUUGGAAACUAAAGGGUGUUCAGAAGAAGUGGUUUUCGACUUCCUCUCUCCCUUUGUUCAAGUUGUCACUGAACUAGCUUCCUGACAAUAAAUUAAGAAAGAAAUUACAGGCAGGGCUAUUUGAAGCCCUUGAUAUUGUUUGUUUUGAUAUCUGUUAUCUGACAUAAGUUACAAUGAAUUGUGAUUGAUGCAACAGUACAUCAAAAGACAUGAUGCCCACCCAGAAGUACCUCAGUAACCAAACAGGCUACUAAUCAAUACCUGUGAUUCCCUCCAGCCCACAGAGUUCUCUGGUGACCCUUCCAUAAGAGCUCCACAUCGCCAUGGGCAGUGGGCCCAGUAAAGAGCAUCAGGGAUCCAGCACUCAUGCAGCCUUUCUGGGCCAGGAAGAGCCCGCUGAGCCGGUCAUACUGGGUAAGGCCUGGGCUCCAUGUCAGAUUGAGCACAGGACAGGACAAGGCUCUGGGCAACAAGCCAGUACUAGCCUAUUUCAGAUGGGCAGUGUCCCCAGGGGUCAAUGGCUCUGGGUUUGUCUGGAAACCUAUAGGCCAGCGAAUUGAAAGUGUGCACAACAGCCAGGUCCAUUUAUUGUUAAGGACAAUAAUCGGAUGGCCUUCAUCUGACGUAAACUUUUACAUCAAAACAAUGUGACCAACAUAAUGAUGAAGAAAGGUAGUUAGUGUUUCUAUACAUACAUGGCGUGGUGAUGCCCCAGAUGUUUAGGCCCUAUGUUAAAUGUGACCAUAGUUGGUGUGCAGGAAAGAGAAAAAAACAGACCUCCUGGUCUUCUGUUGAACCACAAGAGGUGAGAAAAGAAAAGAAGCAAGAAGCGAAAGACGUAUAGUUAGAAGUGGUGUGACAGGGACCAAGUGACACAAUCUGGACUCAGGGGUAGACGUAACAUAGUACAUGUAAAUCUGGUACACUCCAAUUAGUAUGAUAUGUUACGUUUCGGAUGGUAUGUAUUAAUUUGUGGAUGUCUGUCAUCCAUUUCAUAUGAUAUGUUAUGAAUUACAAUUCGUACAAUAUGUUAUGAAUUGCAAUUCGUACAAUAUGUUACGAAUUUGCUAAACAUAUAAUAUAUUACGAAUUCCAAUUUGUUGUGGCUAACGUUAGCUAGGUGGCUAACGUUAGCUGAGUUAGGGUUAGCAGCUAAGGUUGUGGUUAGGUUAAAGGGUUAACGUUACAGUGCCUUGCAAAAGUAUUCAUCCCCCUUGGCAUUUUUCCUAUUUUGUUGCAUUACAACCUGUAAUUUAAAUGGAUUUUUAUUUGGAUUUCAUGUAAUGGACAUACACAAAAUAGUCCAAAUUGGUGAAGUGAAAUGAAAAAUAUUACUUGUUUCAAAAAAUUCUAAAAAAUCAAUAACGGAAAAGUGGUGCGUGCAUAUGUAUUCACCACCUUUGCUAUGAAGCCCCUAAAUAAGAUCUGGUGCAACCAAUUACCUUCAGAAGUCACAUAAUUUGUUAGAUUGCACACAGGUGGACUUUAUUUAAGUGUCACAUGAUCUGUCACAUGAUCUCAGUAUAUAUACACCUGUUCUGAAAGGCUCCAGAGUCUGCAACACCACUAAGCAAGGGGCACCACCAAUCAAGCAGCACCAUGAAGACCAAGGAGCUCUCCAAAUAGGUCAGGGGCAAAGUUGUGGAGAAGUACAGAUUAGGGUUGGGCUAUAAAGAAAUAUCAGAAACUUUGAACAUCCCACAGAGCAUCAAUUAAAUCCAUAACAAAAAAAUUGAAAGAAUAUGGCACUACAACAAACCUGCCAAGAGAGGGCCGCCCACCAAAACUCAUGGACCAGGCAAGGAGGGCAUUAAUCAGAGAGGCAACAAAGAGACCAAAAAUAACCCUGAAGGAGCUGCAAAGCUCCACAGCGGAGAUUGGCGUAUCUGUCCAUAGGACCACUUUAAGCCGUACAUUCCACAGAGCUGGGCUUUACGGAAGAGUGGCCAGAAAAAAGCCAUUCCUUAAAGAAAAAAAUAAGAAAACAUGUUUGGUGUUCGCCAAAAGACAUGUGGGAGACUCCCCAAACAUAUGGAAGAAGGUACUCUAGUCAGAUGAGACUAAAAUUGGGCUUUUCUGGCGCAAACCCAACACCUCUCAUCAACCCCCCCUGAGAACACCAUCAUGCUUCACUGUGGGGAUGUUUUUCAUCGGCAGGGACUGGGAAACUUAUGUACGCUCAUUUUAAUUCCAGGUUGUAAGGCAACAAAGGCAACAAAAUAGGAAAAAUGCCAAGGGGGGUGAAUACUUUCGCAAGCCACUGUAGGGUUAUGAAAGGAUCAGCCAAUAUGCUAAGUAGUUGCAAAAUUGCUAAAAUUCUAAAGUUGUCCAUGAUGAGAUUUGAACACGCAACCUUUGUAACCAUAACAAACGUAACAUAUCAUACUAAUUUCAGUGUCCUGAAUUUACAUUUACUAUAUUACGUCUAGUCUAUGAGACCAGGCUGGGUGACAAUGAAGUCCUCCUUCUUUCUGAGCUGUCACUCAAGAUGUUAGUUUAUGAAGAUCACAGCAAUAAUUUGUAAUCAUUUCUUUUAUGUCUUUCCUAACAAUGACUACUCAGGUUAAGUGUGAAGUGAAAGCAUAAAUGUACAAAGAAAUGUUGUCCUGUAUGCAGUGCUUUUUAGAUCAUUUUUGUUUUCAGCAUGAACAUACUGCAUUGUCAUGGUUUGAGGUUCUUAUAGUAGAGUCGGAGUGACAGUACUCUUUCAUGUCUCUGUUUUGUCCAUAGAGAGCAGCAGGUAUGUGGUAGUGGCCCUGUACAACUAUCCCACUGGACAUCCAGCACACUGCCGCAUUCGUGCAGGAGAGAGAAUCAACGUGCUUUCAUAGUAAGAAAUCAUAGCCUCUACCUACAACUACCACAAUUACUACAACUGCUACUACUAUAGUUAUUACAACUGUACUGUGCUUUUUCUAUGUAACCUAUGUAUCUCUUUUUGUGUUUCUGUGAAUGUGCAUGUCUAUAUAGCGAGGGGGAAUGGUGGAAAGUUAGAUCCUCUGCCACAGGCAAUGAGAGCUACAUCCCCAGCAACUACACAGCCAGGGUGUACCACAGGUGAGUCCACUGAUCCAUCUGACUAUUCUCCUUUGGAGCUCUAUUUACAUGGAUCUGUCUAUUUCUCUAUUCUCUUGCCCUAGGUGUCAGUAUGAGGGUCUCAGCAGAAAGAAGGCUGAGGAGCUCCUGUUGCUGCCCCACAACCAGACUGGCUCUUUUCUGGUCCGGGAAAGUCAGACCUGCCCUGGUGAGUUCAGUUCACACUCCUAACACAUUAUCAAAUGCUAACAAGAACAGGGAAACCAGCUUAAAAUUGUAAUUGAUAAACCCGAAGUGAUAAAACUUUGUGACUGAAGUAUGGUGUUCACUGUCCACUCUAGGUGCCCACUCCCUGUCAGUGCGUAAGACCAGUGACCAGGACCGUUCUUCAGUCAAACACUACCGGAUCCAACAACUGGAGAACGGCUGGCACUACAUCUCCCCCUGCCUCACCUUCCCCACCCUCACAGCCCUGGUGGACCACUACUCAGGUCAGUAAACAGUGGCUUGUGAAAGUAUUCACCCCCCUUCGCUUUUUUCCUAUUUUGUUGCCUUACAACCUGGAAUUAAAAUAGAUUUUUGGGGGGUUUGUAUCAUUUGAUUUACACAACAUGGCUACCACUUUAAAGAUGCACAUUUUUUGUUGUUGUGUGAAACAAACAAGAAAUAAGACAAAAAAACAGAAAACUUGAGCGUGCGUAACUAUUCACUCCCCCCCAAAGUCAAUACUUUGUAGAGCCACCUUUUGCAGCAAUUACAGCUGCAAGUCUCUUGGGGUAUGUCUCUAUAAGGUUGGCACAUCUAGCCAUUGGGAUUUUUGCCCAUUCUUCAAGGCAAAACUGCUCCAGCUCCUUCAAAUUGGAUGGGUUCCGCUGGUGUACAGCAAUCUUUAAGUCAUACCACAGAUUCUCAAUUGGAUUGAGGUCUGGGCUUUGACUAGGCCAUUCCAAGACAUUUAAAUGUUUCCCCUUAAACCACUCGAGUGUUGCUUUAGCAGUAUGCUUAGGGUCAUUGUCCUGCUGGAAGGUGAACCUCCGUCCCAGUCUCAAAUCUCUGGAAGACUGAAACAGGUUUCCCUCAAGAAUUUCCCUGUAUUUAGCGCCAUCCAUCAUUCCUUCAAUUCUGACCAGUUUCCCAGUCCCAUCCGAUGAAAAACAUCCCCACAGCAUGAUGCUCCCACCACCAUGCUUCACUCUGGGGAUGGUGUUCUUGGGGUGAUGAGAGGUGUUGGGUUUGCGCCAUACAUUGCGUUUUCCUUGAUGGCCAAAAAGCUCAAUUUUAGUCUCAUCUGACCAGAGUACCUUCUUCCAUAUGUUUGGGGAGUCUCCCACAAUCCGUUUGGCGAACUCCAAACGUGUUUUCUUAUUUUUUCUUUAAGCAAUGGCUUUUUUCUGGCCACUCUUCUGUAAAGCCCAGCACUGUGGAGUGUACGGCUUAAAGUGGUCCUAUGGACAGAUACUCCAAUGUCCACUGUAGAGCUUUGCAGCUCCUUCAGGGUUAUCUUUGGUCUCUUUGUUGCCUCUCUGAUUAAUGUCCUCCUUGCCUGGUCCAUGAGUUUUGGUGGGCGGCCCUCUCUUUGCAGGUUUGUCGUAGUGCCAUAUUCUUUCCAUUUUUUUAGUUAUGGAUUUAAUGGUGCUCCGUGGUAUGUUUCUGAUAUUUUUUUAUAACCCAACCCUGAUCUGUACUUCUCCACAACUUUGUCCCUGACCUGUUUGGAGAGCUCCUUGGUCUUCAUGGUGCUGCUUGCUUGGUGGUGCCCCUUGCUUAGGGGUGUUGCAGACUCUGGGGCCUUUCAGAACAGGUGUAUAUAUACUGAGAUCAUAUGACAGAUCAUGUGACACUUAGAUUGCACACAGGUUGACUUUAUUUAACUAAUUAUGUGACUUCUGAAGGUAAUUGGUUGCACCAGAUCUUAUUUAGGGGCUUCAUAGCAAAGGUGGUGAAUACAUAUGCACGCACCACUUUUCUGUUAUUAAUUUUUUAGAAUUUUCUGAAACAAGUAAUUUUUUUCAUUUCACUUCACCAAUUUGGACUAUUUUGUGUAUGUCCGUUACAUGAAAUAAAAAUAAAAAUCAAUUUAAAUUACAGGUUGUAAUGCAACAAAAUAGGAAAAACGCCAAGGGGGAUGAAUACUUUUGCAAGGCACUGUAGGUGGUUAAAGCAUAUACAGCAGUUUAGAAAAUGUUGAAAGCUAUAGAUACAACUUUUCAAACCAUUUUGUGUCCAACCCACGCAUUUGAACCUCUGUACAAGGAGUAGUGUAAAACGCACCCAAUUGUCAUUCUUGAGUAAAAGUAAAGAUAGCUUAAUAGAAAAUGACUCAAGUAAAAGUGAGUAACCCAGUAAAAUACUAUUUGAGUAAAAGUCUAAAAGUAUUUAGUUUUAAAUAAGUACUAAAAGUAUAAAUAAUUUCAAAUUCCUUAUAUUAAGCAAACCAAUAUUUUAUUUACAAAUAGCCAGGGGCACACUCCAAUACUCAGACAUCAUUGAUAAACUAAGCAUGUGUGUUUAGUGAGUCCGCCAGAUCAGAGGCAGUAUGAAUUACCAGGGAUGUUCUCUUGAUAAGUGUGUGAACUGGACCAUUUUCCUGUCCUGCUAAACAUUCCAAAUGUAACGAGUACUUUUCGGUGUCAGGGAAAAUGUAUGGAGUAAAAAGUACAUUAUUUUCUUUAGGAAUGUAGUGAAGUAAAAGUAGUCAGAAAUGUAAAGUACAGAUACCCUAGAAAACAACUUAAGUAUUUUUACUCAGGUACUUGACACCACUGUGCAUAGGUAGCAGUGGGUUGAAAGCUGGGGGCAUCUUCAAAUCAAAUCAAAUCAAAUCAAAUCACAUUUUAUUGGCCACAUGCGCCGAAUACAACAGGUGCAGACAUUACAGUGAAAUGCUUACUUACAGCCCUUAACCAACAGUGCAUUUAUUUUUAAUAAAAAAGUAGAAUAAAACAACAAAAAAGUGUUGAGAAAAAAAGAGCAGAAGUAAAAUAAAAUAACAGUAGGGAGGCUAUAUCUACAGGGGGGUACCGGUGCAGAGUCAAUGUGCGGGGGCACCGGCUAGUUGAGGUAGUUGAAGUAAUAUGUACAUGUGGAUGGAGUUAAAGUGACUAUGCAUAAAUAAUUAACAGAGUAGCAGCAGCGUAAAAAGAUGGGGUGGAGGGGGGCAGUGCAAAUAGUCUGGGUAGCCAUGAUUAGCUGUUCAGGAGUCUUAUGGCUUGGGGGUAGAAGCUGUUGAGAAGUCUUUUGGACCUAGACUUGGCACUCCGGUACCGCUUGCCGUGCAGUAGCAGAGAGAACAGUCUAUGACUAGGGUGGCUGGAGUCUUUGACAAUUUUGAGUGCCUUCCUCUGACACUGCCUGGUAUAGAGUUCCUGGAUGGAAGGAAGCUUGGCCCCUGUGAUGUACUGGGCCGUACGCACUACCCUCUGUAGUGCCUUGCGGUCGGAGGCCAAGCAGUUGCCAUACCAGGCGGUGAUGCAACCAGUCAGGAUGCUCUCGAUAGUGCAGCUGUAGAAUUUUCUGAGGAUCUGAGGACCCAUGCCAAAUCUUUUCAGUCUCCUGAGGGGGAAUAGGCUUUGUCGUGCCCUCUUCACGACUGUCUUGGUGUGUUUGGACCAUGAUCGUUUGUUGGUAAUGUGGACACCAAGGAACUUGAAGCUCUCAACCUGUUCCACUACACGCCCCGUCGAUGAGAAUGGGGGCGUGCUCAGUCCUCUUUUUUUCCCCGUAGUCCACAAUCAUCUCCUUUGUCUUGGUCACAUUGAGGGAGAGGUUGUUUAUUGUAUUUUUAGUCAUUGUAUUGUAGUAUUCAUGUGAAGCCUGAGUUGCAACAGAUUGAUUGAUGUUUCCUUCCAGAGGUCACUGAUGGGCUGUGCUGUCUGCUGGGGGAGCCCUGCUUCAUCCAGGGGACCAACAGCAUUCCUGUGGCUACUGGCCCACUACCCAUGGCCGUUAGGAAACCCACCCUCAACUGGAAAGAUGCGGACAGGUGAGGUCAUGUACUGUUGUCGUAAUAGUUCCCUGUAGCUCAGUUGGUAGAGCAUGGCGCUUGCAACGCCAGGGUUGUGGGUUCGUUUCCCACGGGGGGCCAGUAUGAAAAUGUAUGCUCUGGAUAAGAGCGUCUGCUAAAUGACUAAAAUGUAAUGUAAAUGUAAGAUGCCAGUCUCUGUGUACGCAUGUCUGCCAAUAAAUCUAUUAUUUGUCAGCAUUUCCUCACUAAUGGGUUUUCUCUCUGUCUGUCUGCAGCUCCAUGAUUUUUGGCAAGGACAAUGAGGAUUCCCUGGUGAGCGAGGGCCUGAGAGAGGCCAUCAGUUCCUACCUCUUCAUGACAGGGGACGGCAGCCAGAAAUGGGACAGCUGAGACUGUAGAGAGACAAAUAGUGAGAUACACAUAGACUAAAACGGAGCAAUGAGCUUACCUACUGGGGCAGAGGGUACCUGAGGACCAUAUUACGUGGCCAUGAACCUAAUGGAUCUCUAACAUUGUUGAGGGAACUGAGAUUCACAACUCAACCACUGCAGAGAACCAUUGUUCUCAAAGCCAUGGUUGUAAAGUGCUCACAUUGCCAAGCAGACGAGGCCCAUAUUUGCUUGGAUUCAUGAUCAGAGAACAUUUUUAGAUCCUGGAGGCAGACAAAAAAGUACUUUACAGAAAUAAGGGAGUAUCUGUGCCCAUAGGAACACAACGUGUUCUUAAUACAGAGAUCAUGCAUUCAAACUGAUUAUAGGUUGCAACAUUGAAAAAGUGUCCGGAAUGAUCCUCACUGUGUCAAAUUGUGUGCAUGAUCUCUAAUGUCAAACUAGAACAGUAGGUCUAAAGAGAGUGACACGAUAUGUUGCAAUUUAUUAUGAUUUUUGAAAGGCUGUUAACUUCAUAUUGAAAUGUUCAAUUCAGCCUUACUCAUGAUUAUAAGUAACCACAGCUGAUUACAAUGUUCCUUACAGAAAGUAGUUUGAUGGUGAGGUAUACAGCCAUAUGAAAGUCAUAACCACCUGCACGUUUCAAAUAGAUCCCGUAUCAUCAGUAAACAGACUAUUUGGUUGGUUUUGUUGAACUACCUUGAAAACAAGGAACUGUUUGUUGUAUGGGUUUCCUGUCCUGAACAUAAACACAUUUUAGCUGUUGCUUGUUCUCCACCGCACCGCCGUCUAACUUUGGCACAGGAUAUGGUCAAGGUGCAGUGGAAAAAAUGAUAGAGUACGGCAGAGACCGCAGAAAGUUAUGGGUAGUGCUAAAGAGCAUCUCAAAAUUAUGUGAAAUAUUUAAGUAAUAAGGCAAGAGGGGGUGUGGUAUAUGACCAAU